AUGACUAGUAGAGACGACAAGGAUUUGGACCUCUCCUCGUUUUGGACUACCAUGCCGCCAAAAUCAAUAUUUCGCCAGCCCGGGGCAAGACACUUCCAGCUCGUUCAUCGCUCGCAAAGAGACCCUCUUAUCAACGAUCCUGACGCUAGCGAACAUGUCUUGAAGCCCUUUGAACGAGAAAAUUCUAAGAAGGGAAAGACUCGCGCCGACCUUGAGGAACUCUUUUCUGAAGAAGGCGCAGCUCCCGGUCACAGAAAUAUUGGCGAGUCUAGCCUCUACGGAAUUUACUACGAUGAUACCGAAUACGAUUACAUGCAACACCUUCGGCCAGUUGGCGUUCAGGAAGAGGGUGUGGAUAGUGUUCUGAUAGAGGCUCCUUCUACCUCCAAGCAAAAAGGCCACCAAAAGCCGCGAAUUAACUUUGACCUCCCUGAAGGCGUGCUUGCAUCUACUUCCGAACUGCCUCGAACCUUCGAAUCACAGCAGGCUAUUCCAGAUAGCAUAGCUGGUUUUCAGCCUGGCAUGGAUGCCCAUCUUCGACAAGUCUUGGAAGCACUUGAGGAUGAUGCAUUCGUCGAUGAUGACCUGGACGAUGAUUUCUUCGGGGAACUGGUCGCCGAUGGGGAACGAGGCAGUGACGAAGAAGUUGGCUUCGAGUUCAGAGAAGAGGGAAUAAAUGAAGAGAAAUCGCAGAACACUCAGUCAGGAUCUGUGGACGAGAGCUGGGAGAAGCGAUUUGCAGAUUUCAAAAAAUCUCGAUCAGCCCUAAACAACGAAUGUCGAAGUGAUGACGGAUUUGAUUCGGAAGGAGGGGACACAGUUGGUACGCUUCCUGCCCUGUCUGUCGUCGGAGGGAAGAGAAGGAGGAAAGGGACGAGUGAUGCUUCCGGCUACAGUAUGAGUAGCUCGUCCAUGUAUCGCAACGAAGCUUUGCAGACGCUCGAUGAACGCUUCGAUCAGAUGAUUUUAAAGCAGUAUAACGAAGACGAGGAAGGAGAAACGUCGGAGGAUGGACAUUCCGAUGACGCUCCGGAGCUUAUUACUUCCCGUGAAGACUUCGACUCCAUGGUUAACGACUUUCUGAACGACUUCGAGAUUGUGGGUAGGAAGAUGAAGCCGAAGAUGGAGGGCGAAACGGGUGUUGAGAAACUUGACAUUCUUCGCCGUGCCAUGGGACAAGACGACCGAGUGCGCAUUGCCAAUGGCGACGAAGGGGACAUCGAGGAAGACGAUCCUUUUGUUUCGGACGACGAAGUCAAGAAAGAUAGAUGGGAUUGUGAAACUAUAUUAACCACUUACACGAAUCUUGAAAAUCAUCCGCGUCUCAUCCGUGCUCGAGAACCCAAGCCAGCGCCAAAGAUCGUUCUUGACCGGAAAACAGGGCUGCCGUCUCUUUCUGAUCCGCUUCAACCCAAGCCCUCUACAAACCAAGUUUCAUUUGCACCAACAUCAGAGGAUGCUGACGGAUCCGACGAAGAGAAGAGCAUUAACAAAGUCCGUCAAACCGUUUCUCGCCCCCGAGGUGAAUGUAAAGAAGACAGGAAAGCAAGAAAGGCUGCCGUCAAACACGAACGACAAGCCCGGAGAGCCGAAAAGAAGUCAACUAAGGAGCAGUUUGAUGCAGAGAUAAAAGCACAGAAAAAGAGAAUAGGAAAUAAAGAGCUUAGACUGAAGAUUCUGUAG